AUGGAGCAACCGAUUGUCGGCACGCGCUCGGGGUCUGUAGUGAAUCUGGGGCUCGUGAUUGACGCGACAGGCAGCGACACGUGUCUGCACGAUGUCAAGUGGUUGCGGUUGUAA